ACAGUCACACAGUGCUGUGAGCGUGAGGCUGUGGAGAGACUGCAUCAAGGAGCGAGGACUGCAUGUGCGCUUGCAUCGGGAACGGUGCGUGGGAGUUGUUCUCUCUCUACCUGCCAUUUGAAUUCCUUCUUUAUUCUCCACGUUGAUCCUCGGACAAUUACGGGCGCACAGGGAGUCCCGUUACCGAGGGAGGAUCGCGCUACGUGUGUGUGUAUGUGUGAGUGUGAGAGCGUGUGUGUGUGUGUGGGUUACCAAAAGAAACUACAGCUGUCAUCUUAGAACCGCGGCACUGCUGUUGGGGAGGAAGUCGUUGGAAAUCUGCAAGAAACGGGUGGCUGCUAUCUUUUCUUCUACCACUCCUUCGGUUUAAAAAAAAAAGCUGUCUUUUAAGGCGAUGGACUUGAGAUAGUGCGUCUCAAUUUGACUGGUGGUGGCUGGGAGUUGCCGUUGGGGAGAAAUGCGAGAGGAUGCUUGGAAGCAGUGAAGGAUACAGCAGGUAACCGAUAAGAUGGCGGCCAGGGAAGCGACUGGGCACAGCUACCUGGUGGCUUUCUGGCAGCCCAUUCUGAUACUGAUGCUUGGCGCCGUGCUGUCUGGCUCCACUACAGGCUGUCCAUCCCGCUGUGAGUGCAAUGUUCAAGAGCGCUCUGUGAUGUGCCACCGCAAGAAGCUCAUGACAGUUCCUGAGGGCAUUCCUGCAGAAACAAAACUGCUGGACCUGAGCAAGAACCGCAUUAGAACCAUCAACCCUGACGAGUUUGCCAUUUUUCCCAACCUCGAACACCUGGAGCUCAGUGAAAACACGAUCUCAUCCAUUGAACCUGGAGCAUUCAAUAACCUUUACGGUCUGCGGACAUUAGGGCUGCGUAGCAACAAGCUCAAGCUGAUACAGCUUGGGGUCUUCACAGGCCUGAGCAAUCUCACACAGCUGGACAUAAGUGAAAACAAGAUUGUCAUCCUGUUGGACUACAUGUUCCAGGAUUUGUACAACCUGCGGUCCUUAGAGGUGGGUGAUAAUGACCUUGUUUUCAUCUCCCACCGGGCUUUUCAUGGGCUUAGUAGUCUUGAGCACCUGAGUCUUGAGAAGUGCAACCUGUCAUCUGUACCAACAGAGGCUUUUACACACCUUCAUAAUUUGAUCACGCUCAGGCUGCGUCUCCUCAAUAUCAAUGUCAUACGGGAUUAUUCCUUCAAACGGCUCUACCGACUGAAAGUGUUGGAAAUAGCCAAUUGGCCUUAUCUGGAUACGAUGACCCCAAAUUGCUUGUAUGGAUUAAAUCUCACCUCCCUGACCAUUGCAAAUGCCAACCUGACAACAAUUCCUUAUGUAGCCCUGCGGCACUUGGUUUAUUUGCGUUUUCUUAAUCUCUCCUAUAACCCUAUCCAUACCAUUGAGGGGAAUAAGCUCCACGACCUUCUGCGUUUGCAGGAAUUUCACCUGGUUGGAGGCAGACUGGCCAUGAUUGAGCCCUACUCUUUCCGUGGUCUCAACUACCUGAAGAUCCUAAAUGUUUCUGGAAACUCUCUAAGCACUUUAGAAGAGUCUGCUUUCCAUUCAGUUGGCAACCUCGAAACCCUUGCCUUGUAUGAUAAUCCCCUGGCCUGUGACUGCAGACUGUUAUGGGUUUUCCGACGACGCUGGAGACUGAACUUCAACAGGCAGCAGCCUACCUGUGCCUCCCCUGAGUUUGUCCAAGGCAAAGAAUUCAAAGACUUUCCAGAUGUCCUGCAGUCAAACUACUUCACGUGUCGCAAGUCUAGGAUUAGGGAUCGCAAACCUCAGCAGAAAUUUGUUGACGAGGGGGCCAUUGUUCAUUUCGCUUGCCAAGCAGAUGGAGAUCCUUCUCCAGUGAUAAUGUGGCUAUCUCCGCAAAAGAAGUUUAUCACCUCCAAGACAAUUGGAAGGAUCUCUGUGUUGCCAGAUGGUACCCUGGAGGUUCGGUAUGCCCAGAUUCAAGAUAAUGGUACUUAUGUGUGUAUAGCUAGCAAUGCCGGCGGAAAUGACACCUCUCUUGCUCACCUUCACAUCCAUAGCUACUCGCCAAAUCAGUCCAACAAGACUUUUGCCUUCAUCUCCAACCAGCCCGCAGAAUCUGGUGCUAAUGGUACACGAGCCAAUGCCCCUUUCCCCUUUGAUAUUAAGACGUUGAUCAUUGCCACCACAAUGGGCUUCAUCUCUUUUCUCGGUGUGGUCUUGUUUUGCCUGGUACUGCUCUUCCUAUGGAGUAGAGGCAAAGGCAACACGAAGCACAACAUUGAGAUUGAGUAUGUGCCACGGAAAUCGGACGCAGGCAUGAGCAGCAGCACAGCGGAUGCCCCUCGCAAGUUUAACAUGAAAAUGAUAUAACCCAGAUGAGGGAUUUAUUACUUUUGACUAAAAAAUAAGACAAAUGGAAAAGAAGACACUUUCUUUCCUCCCUUACAAACCUGUGGAUCCUGGUGUGUGAACAUAGAGUAAUAUGUUUUGUUUCUGAUCGAAGCGCUAAAGGAGGAGAGCACUUCCUGACUUUCAUAUGUUAAGAGGGAAUGAAAGCACCUCCAGUGCUACAAGGCAUUGGUGGUUUCUACAUGGCCUGAUAGGGCAACAACUGAAAGUCAACUUUGUCAUAUCAGUUCAUAUUCCUGUGGAUUUAUACUGGGAAAAAUAUAUCUGAAAAGAAAACACUUCAAACAGCCAGUAUGGGAGGGGCAGAUCAAACUUUGUCCAUCGCUGUCUUGUGUCUGUAUUUUUUUAUUUGAUGUUAUUUUUUUAUUUUAUUUUUUUUCCCAAGGUUGGAUGUCAAGUUAUGAAUGAGAUUUGUAUAGGUUGAUGAGCACAUGUAUACAACGUACAUUUCAAAUGCAUCAUCAUUAUGCUAUGUGUUACAUAUGGUUCAUUCUUUUUUCCUACAGUGAUGAUUGUUCUGUAAACCAUCAAAUGUAUAUUUGUGUCACAAUACCUGAUGAAAAAACGUCCCACCAGUGAGCAGAAAUAGAUAAGAAUAGCAAAAUGAUCUGCUAGGAAAAACAGAUCUGUGAGCUAGAAUGUUAAAUAUUAUUUGCAGCUAAUUCAUAGCCAACUCCUUGUCCGAGAAAGAACAAAGAAGGGUACUUUAAACCAGUUUACAUUCGUCAUUAGGUGACCUGAAAAGAGAAUGAUACACACAUAUAAGUGCUCUGAAAAUACAUAUGCAGAUACAUAGGGGGACAUAUAGUUCAACUUUAACUAUUGAUUGCAAUUAUCAGUGCUGUACUGUAAAAAUCAAACAAAAGAGGGACAUAACAGGAUUUGUAUCAAUGGGACAUCGCUCUAAUAAAGCCUUUUGAGCUCUGAAGCUGAUAGUGUCAAUGUCAGUCACCCCUAGUAUGCCUACAGUGCACAAACAUGGAUUGAGAGCAGGAUACAUAAUGAAAUGUGAGAUGUUGCUGAUAUGAUGGGGCUCCGUACCAACAAUAGACACAGCUCAUCUCCUAUGGUUCCGCCAUCAAACAGAAUAGUUAAUAUUAGUACUUUGAUACUAUAAGCGCUUAUCCCUGACUUUUUGAAUGGCAUCUCAAAAAGCUAUUCUGUAAUGGUAGUAUUAUUUGUGAGGAAUAACAGGUUUGGUGCUCAAUUUUUUGAAUAUAUGUGCUCUUCAAGCUGUACAAUAUUUCUUUCAUUGUUUAGUUUUUUUUCUUGAUCGUUUUUACAAAAUCAAUUGUUUAUGUCGAUGAUCUCCCACCCCCACCCCCCACCCUCAUCAAAGCCAUGGAAAUAUUAACUCUCCAGGAUCAUUUAAAGGUUUGCUAUUCCCCAGAAAUGUGCAAUUUUUGUUAGUGGAAAAAAGAACUGUGCAUACAAUGCUCCCAGUUGGACCUGCAUAUAAAAGUCGGAGGUUACAGCCUUUCCUCUUCGAGCACACACGGUGGACAGCUGGGCUUUGCAAACGUGUGUGAGGAUAAAGGCUAAGUUAUUUAUGAUGGAUGACAUUACAGACAACGACACAGUAAUGGGCUGGAAGUAUGGACAGAAUAUGCAGAUGGUUUGAGUGACACAGAUGGUUUCACCCAUGGAGCAAUCUGAAGCAGCUUUGGUGUAAUCCAUUUUGCAUAAAGGAAAAAAAAAAUACCACUGGAUAUGGCUCAUCGUUCUCCCUCUCGCUGAAUGCUCUCUUUGUUCAAAGUGUGGCUACUGUACCUAGCCUUUUUUUGGUCCCGAGUGAUCCCGGGAUACUGUUUUUUGUUUCUGUUCUACCUUUUUUUUUUUUUGACCCUGGACUAGGUUGAACAUGUAGUCCAAGCCAACUUUUUACAAAAAAAAAAAGUUAAAAAAGAAAUCUAUGGAAAAUACAUUCAAAUUGUUCUGUGCAAUAAAGGUAAUAUGCAGAUUUUUUUUUUUUUUAAAUUAACAAAAUUUCAUUGAUGUUGAAUUGUUGAGAAUAUGGUAUGUUGUAUUAAACAAUCUAUGGACUUUUUUAAACA